UUGUGUGGCUGCGAGAGAGUAGAGAUGGGUUCCAUUUCUGCAGGUUCUAGAGGUCAUGUUGUCUGUGUUCCAUACCCACUGCAGGGCCACAUCAACCCAAUGCUCAAGCUGGCCAAGCUCCUCCACCACAAAGGCUUUCAAGUCACUUUUGUCAAUACGCAGUACAACCACAACCGGUUACUCAGGUCCCGAGGCCCCCAUGCCCUCGACGGCUUGCCGGACUUCCGUUUUGAGACCAUACCCGAUGGACUUCCACCUUCGGAUGCCGAUGUCAGCCAGGAUAUGUCUGCUCUUUGCGUCUCCAGCACAAAGAGUUGCCUCGCUCCACUCCUCAACCUCAUCCACAAACUCAACGACAUGACCACCUCUUCCGACGUACCGCCUGUGACCUGUAUUGUGUCUGACGGCGCCAUGUCCUUCACUCUUGAUGCUGCUGAAGAAUUCGGAAUCCCAAAUGUACUUUUCUGGACUUCUAGCUCUUGCGGCAUCUUGGGCUUUAUGAAUUGUCGCCAACUAGUUGAACGAGGUUUAACACUCGUCAAAGAUGAAAGCUAUUUUAAGAAUGGGUUUUUAGAAACCGCUGUCGAUUGGAUUCCCGGGAUGAAGAACGUCCGUCUGAAGGAUCUUCCAGCUGUUCUUCCAUCAACGGAUGAGAACAAAAUAAUGAUCGACUUCCUCAUCCGUGAAACCGAGAGAAGUCCAAGAGCUUCGGCUGUGGUUUUGAACACGUUCGACCCAUUUGAAAAGGACGUUUUAGAUGCUCUCUCGUCUUUUCUUCCUCCUAUAUACACCAUCGGUCCACUUCCGUUGCAUGCCGAUCAGAUUGAAGACGACAGUUUGAAAUCUAUAGGUACCAAUCUGUGGAAAGAACAGCCCGGGUGUCUGGAAUGGCUAAAUACACAAGAACCCAACUCAGUGGUGUUCGUGAAUUUUGGGAGCAUCACCGUGAUGACGCCCCAACAACUCGUCGAGUUUGCUUGGGGACUCGCCAACAGUGGAAAACCCUUCUUGUGGAUUAUAAGGCCUGAUCUUGUGGUGGGCGAUUCAGCUGUUCUGCCUCCUGAAUUUGCUAUCAAGACUAAAGAUCGAUACAUGUUAGCAAGUUGGUGUCCCCAAGAACAAAUCCUGAAGCACCCAUCAAUAGGUGGGUUUUUGACGCAUUGUGGGUGGAAUUCCACGCUUGAAAGCGUGGGCGGUGGAGUGCCCAUGAUCUGUUGGCCCUUCUUUGCGGACCAAAUGAUGAAUUGCAGGUAUUGCUGCACUGAAUGGGGCAUUGGGAUGGAGAUAGAUAACAACGUUAAGCGGGACGAGGUUGAGAAACUGGUGAGGGAGUUAAUGGAGGGUGUUAAGGGUAAAGAAAUGAAGAAGAAGGUGAUGGACUGGAAGACAAAGGCAGAAGAGGCUGUCAAACCUGGCGGUUCUUCUCACCAGAACCUGGACAAAUUGAUUGCCGAUGUUCUCCUACCUGGAAAUGUUUAAAUCCAGACAGAGAAGCCACUUUCAAGUUUAUAAUAAUAAACUUAUCUAUAGGAUUUAUCUGGUUGCCUUGUUGCAUAUAUGCAUUUUUAAAGAAAAUCUAAUUGGUACUUUAUAUUUGUUUUAA